AUGUCCAAAGAUCAUAUUCUUCAGGAGAAAGAAAGGGAGAUAGAACAUCUUAAAGAACAGUUAGCUCAUUCAAAGGAAGAUCUAAAGAGGGUGAUCAUUGAUGACUUUUUCCCGAUGGGUCGAGAUGGAGAACUUCUCUGUUCAUUCUCUAACAACAAGAACGAGUUGUGGAUCUCUCUCCUGGAGAAAGCCUACAUGAAAGUGAUGGGGGGCUACGACUUCCCAGGAUCCAACUCCAAUAUUGACCUCCAUGCACUGACCGGGUGGAUUCCAGAGAGAGUGGCCAUAAAACGCAAUUCUGAAGAUUUUGAUAAAGAGAAAGAAUUCAAACGAAUCCACGACAGAUUUCACAAAGGACACUGUUUAAUCACCAUAGCGACUGGUGAGCUACACGAGGCUGAGGCGGAUCGUGCUGGACUCGUACCGACACAGGCCUACGCCAUGCUGGACAUUCGGGAAGUGAAAGGGAGAAAACUCUUUAUGUUAAAAAAACCCUGGAGCCACUUAAGGUGGAAAGGACAUUUCUCUGAGAACGAUUCGGUGAACUGGACUCCAGAGUUACAGAAACUGUUAAAUUACGAUCCUAAAAGUGCUCAGCAAUAUGACAAUGGAGUGUUUUGGAUUGACUAUGAAUCCCUAUGCAGAUUUUUUGAUGUCAUUUACAUAAACUGGAAUCCAGAGUUAUUUAAAUAUACAACAUGCACUCACAGUACUUGGGCAGCUAAAGAGGGACCCAGGCGGGACUCUUAUAAUAUCAGUGAUAAUCCACAAUAUCGUCUAGAAAUCCGGGUGAGUCAGCCGGCAGCUGUCUGGAUUCUACUGACCCGACAUAUCACAGACAAGGAUGACUUUGCUGACAAUAAGGAGUUUAUUACGCUGCUGGUUUACAAGUCCGAGGGUAAGAAGGUGUACUAUCCCUACAGCCCGCCCCCUUAUAAAGACGGCGUCCGAAUCAACACGCCGCACUAUCUGUGUAAAAUGGUGGAGGAGAAGGGAACCAGGCAAUUUACACUGGUCAUCUCACAGUACGAAAAAAACAACACCAUACACUACACGCUACGGGUGUUCUCAUCCUGUGAAUUCAGUCUGACCAAGAUUGUAGACCCAUACAAGAAACAGUAUGAAAAAAGGAUGAACGGUCAGUGGAAGGGCCGGACCGCGGGAGGUUGUGGUAAUUACCGGGACAGCCACCAGAACAACCCCAUCUACCAGAUCAAACUGGACAAUAACCAGACAGAUAACUGUAUACUGCUGGAGCUACUGGGGCCAAAACAGUACAGUGUUGGUUUUGAGGUGACAUGUGUGUCCGAAAAUGUUCCCGGGGCACUAGGCCAAUUCAAGAGAACCAGUUCAGGAGAUUACAGGAAUGGUUACUGUGUUCUACAGUUAGACAGAAUCUCUGGAGGGAUCUAUAACAUCAUGCCCAGUACUUUCCUACCCAGUCAGGAGGGACCAUUCUUCUUAGACAUCAGCAGCUCCAGUCCUGUAACCAUAGCACAGAUACAGUAGAACUAAUGUGAUAAAUGGGUGGGGGGGGUGCAUCAACAGCUCUAGUCCUGUAACCGCCGUCACACAGAUACAGUAGAACUAACGUUAACUAAUGUGAUAAAAUGGGGACGGGGGAACCUUUAGCAACCUUUAAAUAAACAGUUAAACAAUUGGGAAUGUGUACUAUAUAAAAUGGAUGGAUAUCAACAGCCUUCAACACAGAGGAAUAUUGUCAAUGUGUGUUAUAUUUAGUAGAUACACUGUACAGAACUAAAUGUAAUGUGAAUGAGCAGGCUGUAGUGUAUUCAGCAGUCUUCAUGACAUGGGGGAAACUAGGAUUUAAGCUAUGCAUCAUUUGUUUGGUAUCAGUUUACCUGAAACAGAGAGAGCAAUACAUGUGUUGACUCAUAUAUACAUGUAAUACAAGUGAUUAGUGGAUAGGGUUGGAAUUAAUUUGAAGUACAUGAAGUACAUUCCUAUUUACAAUUUGAUUUUGUGGUGGAUAUACUGGCCUUAUGGGUUUUGUUACAGACCAGAAUAUUCCUCUUUUAGUUUCCUUGUGUUAUCAACAUAUUGUACAGUAGUACAGCUGUACUAAUGUUAUUUUGAUCUGUUUAAUAAAUUGUGAUAAAUAUUAAAUUGUACAUUGUAUUUAUUUUUUCAAUAAUAAAUGUUGUAAAAAGUUUUA